AUGGAGCGAUUAUCGAGUAUAGAUGUGUGCAUGCCUGUGCAGGCGAAGACGGGAGGCGUUUUUAUGCAGCUUCUAAUAGCUCUUGUGAUGAUAACCACCGUCCAAGGACUAGUGGAUAUGGAGGAAUUCAUAAGUGAUCUUGAUCUCCCCGUUCCAACGGUUCACGUGCAAGGAGUUGUGGGGAAGAAGGCCUCUUUACCGUGUGACACACAACCGUUGUCGUCCGAUGACCAAGUGGCAAUGGUGCUCUGGUUUAAAGAAUCUGACGGUGAACCACUCUACAGUUACGAUGUCCGAGGUCGGGCUUUAACACAACCUAAACUCUGGUCAUCGCCUUCGGGAUUUGGAUCUCGAGCAUAUUUUCGCGCUGCAGCUAUACCAGCCACUCUUUUGUUGGAUAAUGUAUUUACAACUGAUGCCGGUGUCUAUCGCUGCAGGGUUGAUUUCAAGAACUCACCUACUAGAAAUCUCAGGCUCAACUUUACUGUAAUAACUCCACCCAAUAGACCGGUGAUUAUAGAUGCCAAAACAAGAGAUCAGACUCGCCUUUUGGAGCCAUAUGACGAAGGUGAUACGUUGGAACUUAUCUGUGAAGUUCAUGGUGGUAACCCGAGGCCACGUCUAACAUGGUACUUGGAGAACACAGUAAUAGACGAUUCAUUUGAACAGCAAACUGACGGUGUAACAGUCAACACCCUCACAUUCCCCAGCAUCGGUCGUCAGCAUUUAAACGCAAGGUUAAUCUGUCAAGCGUCCAACACUAACCUAGCGCCACCACAAACUAAAUUACUCAUAUUGGAAAUAAAUUUAAGGCCACUUACCGUUCAAAUAUUGAACAAAAGUCGACAGCUCUCAGCAGACAGGAGUUAUGAAGUGGAAUGCAAGACAACUGGAUCGAGACCAGAGGCACAAAUGACUUGGUGGAAGGGAUCACGUCCUUUGAGGAGAAAUUCUAAGACCUUUUCCGACACCAACUCGACAGUAAGCAUCCUGAAUUUUAUCCCGGAAACUGAGGACCAUGAGAAAAAUCUUAUUUGUCGGGCAGAGAAUCCACGCUUGUCCAAUGCCGUCAUCGAAGACUUUUGGAAGCUUAAUGUACACUAUGUGCCUAUUGUGACGUUAAAGAUAGGGUCAACCCUGAAUCCUAAUGUUAUUAAGGAGGGCGAGGAUGUUUAUUUUGAAUGCAACAUUAAAGCAAAUCCUAAGGUGACGCGUCUCACAUGGUACAAAGGGACGAAAGAAAUACAACAAAUUGCGAGUUCAGGUGUUAUCAUUAGUGACCAAACUCUGAUUCUUCAGGGAGUAAAUCGUUCAUCUUCGGGUGAUUACAGUUGCCUUGCAUACAACAACGAAGGCAGUGCUACCAGUAACUCGGUUACGCUCCAAGUAAGAUAUGCUCCAGUAUGCAAACAAUCUAAUGAAGGAGACGUGUAUGGUGCUCUCAAACAUGAAACAAUCGAGCUGCCGUGUAGAGUAGACUCCAGUCCGACUCCUACAGCCUUCAGUUGGAUUUUGAGUAACUCUGCAGGCCAGUCCGAGCUCCAACCCAGCUUGUUCACUAAUUACAAUUACUCAUCAACAUUACGCUACACUCCAAAAUCGAAUAUGGACUACGGUACAAUAUCCUGCUACGCUGUGAACGCAGCUGGAAGACAAGAAGUUCCUUGUAUUUUUAAAAUUGUUAUUGCAGAUCGGCCGUCUCCUCUUCAGAAUUGUUCAAUCGUCAAUCAAAGCUCAAAUAGCCUUGCAGUUGAAUGCUAUGAAGGUUUCGAUGGAGGAUUGCCACAAACUUUUUUCAUGGAAGUUUUAGAGUUGCCUUCAUUAGUGGUUCGCGCCAAUGUAUCUUCCAACUACACGUCUAGUUUUGAAGUGCUUGGGAUCGAUAGCAGAGUCAGCUAUGUCUUGAAUCUGUAUGCCGGUAACGCAAAAGGGCGAAGCGAAGUGGUCAAGCUGUAUACAAUUGCAUUAAGACCGCCUGAUAAAUAUACUGGUACAAGCAACACUGUCUCCAUAUCACCGAUGUUACUCGCACUACUCACAACAGCAGGCUUCUUGUGCGCCGCCGUUUGCGGAGUCAUCGCCGCGUUGUACAAACGCCACGUUGCGAGGCAUCACAAGCAUCCACCCUCAACCAAUGCGUUGUAUUCAGAAGAUAGCUUAGACUCCUUUCCAAGAAGAGAUAAAGAUGAUGUUACUUACUCAGCCUCGCCCAAAGUUGAUUACAGCAGUCAAUACGAGCUGAAAGAGGAGAGUGGUGACUUUGAAGAGACUGAUCCGGACAUUGUUCCAUUUCAUUACGAUAAAAAACCAAUGGAUGAAUAUAUUAAGUCGUCAUUUGAAGAAAGUGAUCCGACGCGGAUAUACAACGAGCAAUCGUUAUCAUGCACUAAUGCAGGCCUUGUUAAUCGCGGCGUGAUCGCUCGGAGCGCUGAUAUUGCAGCGGCUCGUCUACGCCCCGAAAUCGUCACCACGUCGAGAAGAGUAAAAGAGAGCUGCAUUUAA